AUGACACAUUUUCCAGGCUGUGAGCAGUAUAGAGAUAGAAAAAUGCAGAAUAUCAGACAUUUCUUUAAAAUUAAGACCAAAACUCCAAACUCCAAUGGAUCUGCUUCUAGAGAUGAUAGUGCUCCAUUGUCAAUUGGUGAACCAUUUAAUGUGAAAAGAAAUUAUCAUGUUGGUUUUGAUAAAGAGAAAGGAGAAUUUGUUGGCCUGCCGGAGUCUUGGGAGAUGCUGCUGAAUACUUCAGAUAUUUCAAAAAAGGAACAGAGAGAGAAUCCAGAAGCUGUGGUGAAUUCACUAAAAACAUAUACUCGUUCUGUCAAGCGCCAACCAUCUGCAGCAAAGUACAUGGUGGUUGCAACAACAAUACGUGAAUCAGAUGAGAUAAUCGAUCCUGUGGAUGAUCGGUCAUCGUCUGGCUCUGAGAACAGUCAGGAAGCACGGGCCAGCGGAGAUUCUGUCGGUCCAGAAACAUCAGUUCACAGAAAUUUGGCCACUGACGAUAUACCUGAGGAUCAUGGGAAUUCAUUUGAAGUAGCAGAGCUGAGAAUGAAUGAUGAGGAUGAUGAGGAAGUCUUGAUACGCCGACCACAGUCACAGAGGAUGAUGACAGACCGUGAAAUUAAUGAAACAUUGAAAAAAAUGUCAAGUCCAGGCAAUGCUCAAGAGAAAUAUACUAUACAAAAAAAGCUUGGUGCUGGAGCGUCUGGCAUGGUGAUGAUGGCUAGGUGCAGAGAGUCAAAUCAAGUUGUGGCCAUUAAAAUCAUGGAUCUUGACAAUCAACCCAGGAAGGAGCUAAUCAUAUCAGAAAUAGAGGUCAUGAAACAACACAGACAUGAAAACAUUGUCAACUUUAUUGAAAGCUACUACCUCGACACUGAGCUGUGGGUGGUAAUGGAGGAGGGCCAGAUUGCUGCAGUGUGUCGCGAGUGUCUGAAAGCUCUGGUGUUUCUUCAUAGCAACAACAUCAUCCACCGAGACAUCAAGAGUGACAAUGUACUGCUAGGGAUGAUUGGUGCUGUCAAACUGACAGACUUUGGUUUCUGUGCCCAGCUGAGUGGUGACAAGGGUAAAAGAGACACAAUGGCCGGCACACCUUAUUGGAUGGCUCCAGAAGUUGUUAAAAG